UACAGAUGGGUAUGUGAACUGGUUAUUAGCGGAGGGUAUUUUAGGAAGGUCAGGAAACACAUGUACACUUUAUGCCAUGCAUACAGAGGUGCUUACUCAGCUAACUAAAUAAUGGAUGGAAAAUAUGACGAUGAGAAGAAACACUAAUUUCAAUCUUUUUGGAGAGGAAACGCUAAUUAGCGAUCUUGGGAGGGGAGGAAAUGCAAGUAAAGUGGUACCCAUUAACAGAGAGAGGAUGCUGAAGAUGUCGGGUUAGGUUCCCAUGUUGGAUACAUCUAGACCGCUGAUCUGAAGGAAGGGUCAUGACAAAGAAAUAUAAAACGCGACUCAUAGAAAGCUGAAGCUCUUGUUGUCGGACAAAGAAAAACCGAGAAAUCCCCAAAUGCCAACUCAAUCUCCUCCUCACAGAAACUCCACCGUACAUCUUCGAUUCUCUGUAUUGAAAAUCUGAAUCUGUCGUAGAAAACAUCCACACGAUCAUCCACGAGUCUAUCAGCUGAAAUCAAAUGUUGUGGAGUAUUCCUGUUGGCUCACAAAUUUGGAUUUCACGUUUCUAGGGUUUUGUUUUCACGUGGUGAUUUUAACAGAAAACCAGCAAGAGGAUCACUGAGCCAAAUUACAUUUGACAUUGGUCAGCAAUUGGCUAUAUUACAUCCGGGAACGGCUUAAGUUUUCCUACUCACAGUACAUUGACAGUGGAGUAGAAAAGUACUGAGGGAGAAGUAUUAGUACAUGUGCUGUCCUACGAUCGUACAGUUUUAAACUGCUCAAUGAGACUACACUGCAGCUCUGUCCUGGCUAGCUUGCCACUCAAUCCUGGAGUUUCUUUCGGGUAUCACUGAAAAAAAAUUCACAGAACAAUGAACUGCAGAUACCAUAUCCUGUUAGAUCCAUCAAAAGCCACGUAUCUACAACAGCAUUGAAGAAUUGCUCAACAAAGGCACAUUUAGACUGGCUAACUCCUGUUCUCGGGAUUGAAGGGAUCUUGUCAUUUGCUAUCUCUUGAUUCUGUUGUAGUCGCCCAAAAGAGGUCCGAAAUUAGAAAUAUUCAAGCGUCACCCCUGUCAACUCAUCACAGUGCUUAGAGGCUCAUCAGAUUCAGGGAAGUUUGUCGUUUAUUGCGAAGUACCUUGUUUUUAUGAGACAAUGCUUCUGAAGCGUUUGGUUUCAAACUUCGUCCCAUCCUUAAGCUUUGCCACUUCAUCUACAGGAACUUGUGUUCUUAAAGUGGGAGAUGUUCUGAGACAAUCAAGAAAAUUCUCUGAACAAGAUGUUACUGAGUACUCAAAACUUACCCAUGACAUAAAUCCGCUGCACUUUGAUUCAGAUUUUGCUCGAUCUUGUGGUUUUGAAGAUCGAAUCGUUCAUGGAAUGCUUGUUGCUAGCCUAUUCCCUCGGAUAAUUGCUUCUCAUUUUCCAGGAGCUAUAUAUGUUUCUCAAAGUUUGCAAUUCAAAUUGCCUGUCUACGUUGAUGAAGAAGUAGAAGCUCAAAUACUGGCUCUUAAUAUAAGGGAAUUUAGGAACAAAAACAUAGUGAAGUUCUCAACAAAAUGCUUUAAAGAUGGGGAGCUCCUUGCUAUUGGAGGUGAGGCUGUUGCAUUAUUACCGGCUCCAUGUUAAAGAAUUAGACGUCUGUACUGACAAGGUGAGGACUCUGCUGAAGGAUACAACUACAGUUUUGGUAUAGUCUUUAAACGUCAGGACUUUUCCAGCCUGAAAUUUACCAUAUAAUUUGUCGUUUUGGCAUCUGUUUUUAGACUUAGGUUGUAAAUUCAAAUGUUUUUAGAGUUUUUCGUCUUAUAAGAAUUUAGCUAGUUUAAAAAUCAAAGUUUCUGAAGUCUUGUGUUAAAGUUCAACAAAUGAAUUUGAUCAAGCGCAAGGGUCUUAACCUUCUACUUGCGUCCAGUGGAAGUUGCAUCGUAUAAAGUGGGUAAGACCUAUUGAAAAG